AGGGUCCCGUUCUGAGGCGCCCGCUCCUGGGCGGUCCCUGCGAUGCUGGGGGGGAGCCCCGCAGAGCGCCUGAGCAGAGCAGGGCUCCCGCCCGGCCGCUCCUCCCGUCGGGGCUGAGCAGGGGGCGGAGGCGGGCUGCCGAGCUGCUGCCGUCACGCGCGCCUUUUCCCUCAGCCCUUCGCCGAGCAGCAGCGGCGGCCCCAGCGCGGCUCCCACGCCCUCCCCAGCCGGGUGGCGGGCGGCAGCGCCAUGCAGCCUCCACCUCCUCCUCGCCGGCGCUGAGUUCAUGCCAUGCUGCUGCCGCCGCUCCUGCCGGCGCUGCUGGCCGCCUGCCUGCCCCCCUGCCAGGGCUGGAGCCCCGCCGCGGCCGGCGGGGGGCAGGAGGAGCCGGAGCUCUUGCUGCCCCCCAUCAACUCCUCCUCGCGCUCCCUGGCCAGCCUGGAGCGGGACCUGCGCGGGGUGGGCGGGCAGGCUGAGGCGGGCAGCCCCAGCCAGGAGCCGCCUCCCGCCGCCGCCGGCCAGCAGCCGCCCCAGCCCCCCGAGGAGGCGCCCUGCAACAUCAGCGUGCAGCGGCAGAUGCUGAGCUCGCUGCUGGUGGGCUGGAGCCGCCCGCUGGGCAUCCCGUGCGACCUGCUGCUCUUCUCCACCAACGGCGACAGGCGGGCCUUCUUCUCCGCCGCCUUCCACCGCGUGGGGCCGCCGCUGCUCAUCGAGCACCUGGGGCUGGCGGCGGUGGGAGCCCAGCAGAACCUGCGCCUCUGCGUGGGCUGCAGCUGGGUGCGGGGCCGCAGGGUCGGGCGGCUCCGGGCGGCGGCCGCCGCCGCCUCCUCCUCCCUGUCCGAGCCCGGCCAGUACUGGCUGCAGGGGGAGCCGCUGAAUUUCUGCUGCCUGGAUUUCAGCCUGGAGGAGCUGAAGGGGGAGCCGGGCUGGCGGCUGAACCGCAAGCCCAUCGAGUCCACCCUGGUGGCUUGUUUCAUGACUCUCGUCAUCAUCGUGUGGAGCGUGGCCGCCCUCAUCUGGCCGGUGCCCAUCAUCGCCGGCUUCCUGCCCAACGGCAUGGAGCAGCGGAGAAGCACCGCGGCGGCUGCGGGCGCCACCGCCGCCGGCAAAUAACCCCCCUCCCGUCCCACCUCCUCCGUUUGCUGUGCGAUCCGCUCCCGACACUGGGGCGGACGCUGGUGGACUCGCAUCCCCUCCCCGCUCGCUCUUUGUAAACGCUUAACCCUGGGUGGUGGUGAUUGUCGUUGUUGUGGUGUGUGGGUGUGCGUGGAGCACUUUAAAGCCUUGCCCAAGUUUCAUGGUGUCCAGUGCAGGCGAGUGUGGCUGUCUGGGACCUGACGGUUUCUCUGCAAUGAAUCCUUCGCGGAGCAUUGCUCCCUCCCGAGUAGUCAGAGGGAUUGUAUUUUAUUUUCAUGUGCCCAAGAUUCAUAGCAGAAAACGACCAAAUCCUGUGUAUUUGUUUUCUAUAUUUAAUAGCCGUUUUAAAUGGACGUUUUAGUAAAAAAGAAAAACAAGAACAAAUAACCAAAAAAAUAAAAAACCCUGUUCAAUUGCUGUUGUUUUAGUCAGAGUAGCUAUUUGUAUAUGAACAAAUUUGUCUUAGCAGUUUUAUUUACAUCAGAAGAAUCUUUUCUGGCAGAAUUUAAAACUGAUAUAUUGUUAUUGCUGAAACUGAACUUUAAUGAAACUUUUACAGUGUAUUUUCCAUUUCAGAUAAUAUGUAUUUAAUAUUGUAGUUCUGCGUUACUUGGCUUUUAAUACAGAGAUUUUCUUUCUGGAAGUCAUGCUUAGCCUUAUGUUGCUCUGUUUCUCCCAUGAUGGGAAAGAUGGGUUCUGCAAAAUUCCCAGUUCUCCUAGCUGAUCUUGAAGACCAUCAGUAGAAAUGAGGGUAUGUUACAUGUGUUUUUAGAGGAAGUGGAUUGAUGGUCACCCAAAAGCUUUUUCUACACAGUGUUUGCCCUUCUUUCAGAAUACAAAUAAUGAGAUCCUGCUUUUGUUGGAAUUAAUCUUCAAAACUUCACUCACUUCAGGAUAAGGAUCAGUGGUCUAGAUCCUUAAGUGGAGUCCACCAGCAUAGCUCCAUUAACUUCUAUGGAGCUGUGCCCAUUUACAUGUUCCUUGGAGUCUGUUGACUUCAACAGAGCUAGACAAAUACAUACCAUCUAAGGAUCUGGCCCACUAUUUGUACUGUAUUCAAAACAGCUGGAAAACAACUCUGUGACUCCGACAAAGUGCAUGGCUCAAAGCAAGCUCAAAUACACUUGCAGAAGGAAUUGUAAUAUAGUACUUUGUGACUAUUAGUCUUAAAGGGGUAUGGUCAGGUUGUUUAGACCUCAAAUUUAGGGGUUGGGUAGGGAAGGAAUUAUAAACCUAGAAUCAGAUUUUGACUGGCCCCCUGUGUAAAAGGAGAGAGAGGCUGUAAGAAACCUCCUUUUCUUGUGUCCCCUGCACAGGAGCCAGCCACAACUGAUGUCUCUGAAAUUUCACAUGCCUGAAAAGCUCAGUGUAAAUUAAAGAAUGAUUUUGUUGAACUUUUUAGCGCUAUAAGGGACCAUAUACUGUUUGCCUUAUCCAAAUGAAUUGUCCAGCUGAAGUCAAUGAGACCAGUUGUGGGAAUAAAGCGAACAAGACUUGUGAUAAGAUUUCUAACUUUUUUUGCCAGUGUCAGCAUCUUUGAUUUCUAGGCACAUCUGAGCUCACUCUGAUGGCUAAUUUAACACGACAUGAGCAUUUUUGUUUAAAUUCUUUUAGGGUUUAUGUAGGUGGGAUAAGGCAACUCAUAUUGGCAUUAAAAGUUUGAAUGGGUUAAAUCCUG